GAACAUGAAAUAGGAAGCAGGCAAAAGGACAAAACAAAUAUUCUGUCCGGGGGUUUUGUUCCCGGGUUCUGUUAUCCCGGUCUGUUAUAACCAUAACCUAGGGAUUAUGUGAUUUGAUGAGAAUCUCCUCAUUUCCAAAUCUUCAGGAAAAUAUAUUCGAACAAUAAAAUACAAAAUAGAAAGUGGGCACUACGUCGAGACUCUAAACUUUCAACAAAUAGACGUGUAUGAGGAACUUGUUGAUGCAGCGAAUCGACCGCGACUUUCGCAGACGAUUGCAGUGGGCGGGUCUUGUCGAAGUGCGCGCCUAUUGAUAUGCAAAUGAGCACUAUAGCAACCGCUGCACGCCUGACCCCAAGUUUAUAAACAUGUGGAUCAUCGCUACGAAAAUCCACCUGCUGCUAGCUAGCUGCUGCUUGCUUGCUUUACCGCUGUCAAUCUAACCAAGGAGAUAUCACCUCUACUAACAUGGAACGUUUUACAUAAAAACCAAUCGAAAGAUCCCACUGUAUUAAGGAUUAUCAUUAAAGCAGUCGAUUUUCGUGUAUGAUAUAUACUUUGUUCAAUCUUCGAGUUAGAAAUUUCGUGGAGAAUUAUGUCUGCUUCCGUGAAGUCAUUUCAAGGCGCGCCUUUCGGCACACAGAAAGCCAGGUUUGAUGUGUCUGGCGUUCAUCCUCAGAGUAAAAUGCCUGGAACCUACACUCAAGUCUGGUAUGAUAAGAAGUCUAUGCACAAUCUUAAAAGGAAGUUGGGUCCUGGAGUCUAUGCAGUAGAAGUAGGGAGUUUCAAUGAAAAUGAAGUAGCACGGAAAGCAUCCGGUCCGGGAUGGUCGAGGGCUUACGAGACCGCACGUAUGGCAGCGCUGCCUCAUCUACUACACAAGGAACAGUGGGAAAAGAAACGAAACAUUACAAGAAACCUUGGUCCUGGCUCGUAUGAUAUCAAGGAUUUCCUCCAUGUAAUGGACGAUAGACCAUGCAGUACACGAGGUAUAUGUCAGACCAGAGCAAGGAGAUUCAAACAAAACAAAACGACGGAAGUUCCUGGUCCGGGUACUUAUGGAGAAGGAGGUAUCCCUCAUGCAGCAGUAGAAGCCAAGUCUAAAAUCUCAGCUAGUACAGUUGGUCUAUUAGAUGCAGGAUCAUCUACUCCAAGACACCUACCUACAGUGGGUUGCGAGCUUGGACCAGGAACCUACAGUAACAAGAGCUUCACCGAGGAACUGACGGGUAAGGUGACAAGCAAUAGAGGACCCUAUGAUCUAUUUACUGGAGAGAGGAAUGCACCCAUCAAAACGGGUCAUCUUUCCAAAGCUGGUCAGCAUCCUCUUGGACCUGGUCAGUACAACCUGAAUUCAUUCUCUGAUAAAUGGCAAGACGAACAUAAUUCAUGGAAAGGAAAACUAGGCAAGAUCUCUCAAUACCCAGACAGGCCGUCUGAACGCAUCUAUUGUUCUACACUCAGCCAAUGGCCAAGGAAAGGGACUGAUCCUGCCCCUGGUAACUAUACACCUAGAGAACUGUCUAAGCCACAAGGUAAAAACCUUCCACCGUUCAUAUCAUCUGCCGAACGGUUUGAUAAACGAGCGAGGAAGUUCUUCACAGGACAGACGAAUCCAGUGGGUCCAGGACGUUACAACGUUCAACAUUGGCACGACGCUCAGCAUCAGAAUGGUCAUAAUAGUGCCUUCAACUCUAAGGUCAAGCGGGAAAGAACGAGCAGAGAUAACAUGAUGCAGGAAAGGAUCCAGGGUGUGAACACAGUGUCAAUGGGAAGUAAAAGCCAAUCAGCUGACUACGUCAGAGCAAGAAGGACCAUCUAUGCACAGCAAACAUAAAAACACUAUAAAAUAGGAAAAUAAUUUUUAACUGCAAUGGACAUCAUGUAUGAUGUCAUUUAAAGUGACAAUGUUCAGAUGACAGGAUGAUGAUCUUGGUUCCGGCUCUCUGCAAUUGAACAUUCCAAAUCUUUUUAAACUGAUGUUAUGCAAAUUCUGAUCACACAGUUAUGACCUUGAUGGGCUAUCACUUUAUGAUUAAAAAAAAGAUUUUCCCAAAAUUUUAGGGACAAAUCCUUGUCAAUUUGGCAACAAUUUAUCCGGUAAGUCAAUUUUGCUUUCGUGAGCAUCUGUUUAGGACCACCUGUGUCAAAGAACCAUCUGUCUAUAAAGAUAAGCAUAACAUCCAUCAUAAAUCAGUCAUCAUUAUCAACAUCAUCAUAACUGGAAAUUUGAUGUAAAUAAUAGGAGUGGAAGAUUAUCCUUCCCUUUUAAUGUAAUGGUAUGUUUGGUGUGAUUUUGCAAAGAAUGUUACAAUUGAUAUACCUUGCCAUAAUAAUGUAUUUAUUGACAAGACAUGAGUCUUUUUAUGAUACUAUGUACUCUUUUUGUAGGCUUAAAUGUUCAAUCUAGAAAAAUGAUGGAUUUUUUAAAGGUUUACCUGGCCUAGCAUCCAUAUGUGAGAUUCUGUUUGUACUGCUAUAUAGUAUGGUGAUAGUAAAUAUUUUGUUCAGCAAUUUUGAGUAAUGUUAUAAAGAAUUCAUGGUAUUGAAUCAUGGAUUUCAUGCAUUCCAUUGUAUUGUAUUAGUCUCAAUGAGAUGAAAGAACCAUAUAAUUUCAGCUGGUGAUGAUGGUAGCACCUUCUUUUCAAUACUUGCCUAUAAAAUAAGGUGUUAAGAACUUUGCAUAAGCAGGUACCAAGGUACUUUUGUGUUCAGUUAAUAUGUGAUGAUCCAUGUAGUCUAAUUGCAAUGAUAAAGUUAAAUCUAUUCCUUUAUUAAACUUGAGUUCACACUUUGAUGGAGGGCCAUUUGCAGAAAAUUUCAUUUUCUACCUACCAACUAGAGAUUACUGUACUUCUGCAGUGAAGAGUUUCCCCUAAAUAAGGUUGUAUAGUGAAAUGAGGAAAAGGAUGAUACCAAUAUAAAUUUAAUGUCAAGGAAUACUUUGGUAUACAUGUAUUUCCUUUUUCAUGAAUAUCGAGUGAGGAAUAUGGAACCAAGAAUUCCAUAGAAAUGUGGGCUCAAAUUGUUAUUUCAUCAUGGGGGGUGUUGCGUUAAUAUUUAAGUUGGACUAAAAAUUGUGCUUACAUUCCAAGUUGCAUGGUAUAAAGCACAUCUUGUAAGAUCAUGCUUGCUCCACCAUCAAUUAGAUUAUGCAUGAAACAACAAGUGCAUGUCAGAGACUAAGGAUGAUGAAGUCUUACUUUCAAAUUAGUGAAAUCUCCCUGUGAAAAAAAAAUCCUUUCAUUUUUAAUUCAAUGUAAUUGAUAUUCCUUUUAUGUUUUAAUUCAAUGUAAUGUGUACGAAAUAUUAAGUUUACAAAAUGAAUAUUGAUCAUGCUAGAUAAAUUUUUCUAGAAAUAGAAAUGAAGGCGAUCUAUGUAGGUGAUUACAUAAGCAUUAUAUAUUGAUAUAUCAUGUCAUGUUUGAAAUUGCAUGCUUGUAUAAAAUGUACUAGAUGUGAUAAAAAGUCUAUUUUGUCAAAUAAAUCAUGAAAUGCUAUGCAUGCGCUUUAUUUAAUCUAUGCACAAUGUAUAUAAAAAAAUGUAAUCUUUGAAUGGGCAAUAUUUUGAGAUAGAAUAAAUACACAAGAAAUAAUA